AUGGCACCAAAAGAGAAGACGGUUCCAAUUGUAACGGAUACAUAUAUUUAUAUUGCUACUGAGAGAGUGGUUCCGUUAAGAUGGCAUAUCAAGAGAAAGAGCAUGAGCCCGGAGACUCUGAAAUGGGGAUUAUUUAGCAUAGCAAACUAUGGCAGUCUUGUACCAGAUUCCGGACGAUAUAGUCCUCCAGAAUUGGCAAAUUCUGGCUGGGAUUCCAUCAAGAAGCACCCUAUCUAUGCGACCGAUUCUUAUAAUUAUGGAACAUUGAUUUUUGAAGUCUUCAAUGGAGACUUCACGGGAAGCGAUCAAGCCGGUCAGACGAAGAAUAUACCUCCAUCCAUGCAAUCAAGUUAUCGACGUUUGAUUAAUAGUAAUCCCAAAGCUCGGCUUAGUGUUGGCCAUUUCCUUGAGCAAGGUCGUAGAAGUGGAGGAUUCUUCGAGACUCCUCUAAUCAAGCUUACUGAAGGGGUAGAUAAUCUUGGGAUGAAAACGGAAACUGAACGAGAAGAGUUCCUGAGUGAUCUUGAUGAGCUAUCAAAUGACUUUCCAGAAGAUUAUUUCAAGAUGAAGAUUCUACCUGAGUUACUAAAAUCUGUUGAAUUUGGAGGUGGUGGACCAAAAGUCUUUACUGUUGUUAUGAAAAUUAGCACGAAGCUCACAGAUGAUGAUUUUGAAGCAAAGGUCACACCUGUUGUGGUGCGACUAUUUAGUAGUCCUGACAGAGCUAUUAGAGUUUGUCUUUUGGAUAAUCUUCCUCUUAUGAUUGACCGACUACCACAAAAAGUGGUGAAUGAUAAAAUAUUUCCUCAGAUGGUCACUGGUUUUACGGAUCUUGCACCAGUAGUACGAGAACAAACAGUCAAAGCAGUCUUGACAAUUAUUGGAAAACUGUCAGACCGAACUAUCAAUGGGGAACUAUUGAAAUAUUUAGCCAAAACUUCCAAUGAUGAACAACCUGGUAUUAGAACGAACACAACGAUCUGUCUAGGAAAGAUAGCCAAGAAUCUAGGGGUUAGCACGAGAUCUAAGGUGUUGAUAGCCGCCUUCACACGCUCACUCCGUGAUCCAUUCGUUCAUGCUAGAAAUGCAGCUUUGCUAGCAUUAUCUGUCACAGCCGACUCAUUCAACGAUGAUGACUGCGCUAAUCGAAUAUUACCAGCUUUAUGUCCUUGUCUAAUCGACAAGGAGAAGCUCAUUCGAGAACAAACAAAUAAAACCAUGGAUGUUUAUCUGCAACGCAUUCGCAAGUCCGCUGCCUCAAUGCCUGAUACUGCUUUACCACCGCCUACCACAGGUGAAGCUGCUUCUUCAUCUACGCCUCGAAUGAGUACGCCGCAACCUAGUGAUGCUGGUUCGUCAUGGACAGGCUGGGCUAUUUCUUCAUUUACCAAUAAAAUAGCCGCAGCUACUGGCGAAAUCCAGCCAUCAAGUGCUGUCGUAACCCCAGAUGCACAGCCUAGCUCAGCACGACAAGAAAAUGAACCUCGCCCUUCCACUCAAUCUGCAUCAGCAUUACAUCGACAAGCAGUAACUUCACCAGCUGUCGCUUCAACAAAUAUCUCAUCUGCUAGUCAAUCCUAUUUCGAAGAUGCAAACGCAGGAGAAGAUGAUAUGGAAGCAUGGGGAGACAUGGAAGAAGAAUCCUUCUUCGACGCACCUAGUGAAUCUACCCCCAAACCCACUACAAAACAAUCUACCGUCGCAAACCCCUUUGACGAUAACGGCGAACCAGAUUUCGCAGGCUGGCUAGCAGCUCAACAAAAGAAACCAGCUCAGAAAUCUUUACCUAAGGGCUUGGCAAAACCAGCGUCGAAAAUUACUAAUGGGAGACCUAUUUCUUCUUCGGGAAGAUCUAAUACGACUAGUUCUAGUUCGCUGGCAACGAAAAAAUCAUCAACUAUAGCAGCAAAACCGGUGCCUAAGAAAAUUGAUACCGCGCCUAAAGCUACAGAUGAGGAUGCUGAUUGGGGAGAUGGUUGGUAG